CCGUCGCCCGCGCCUCCGAGGUCUCACCUCUUCCUCAGCAGACCCGGGCUCGGCCGCCAUGUCCGCCGCGGACGAGGUUGACGGGCUGGGCGUGGCCCGGCCGCACUAUGGCUCUGUCCUGGAUAAUGAGAGACUCACGGCAGAGGAGAUGGAUGAAAGGAGACGUCAGAAUGUGGCUUAUGAGUACCUUUGUCAUUUGGAAGAAGCAAAGAGGUGGAUGGAAGCAUGCCUCGGGGAAGAGCUGCCUCCCACCACAGAACUGGAGGAGGGGCUUAGGAAUGGGGUCUACCUUGCCAAACUGGGAAACUUCUUCUCUCCCAAAGUGGUGUCCCUGAAGAAAAUCUACGAUCGAGAGCAGACAAGAUACAAGGCAACUGGCCUCCACUUUAGACAUACUGAUAACGUGAUUCAGUGGUUGAAUGCCAUGGAUGAGAUUGGUUUGCCUAAGAUUUUUUACCCAGAAACUACAGAUAUCUAUGAUCGAAAGAACAUGCCAAGAUGUAUCUACUGUAUCCAUGCGCUCAGUUUGUACCUGUUCAAACUAGGCCUGGCUCCUCAGAUUCAAGACCUAUAUGGAAAGGUUGACUUCACAGAAGAAGAAAUCAACAACAUGAAGAUUGAACUGGAGAAGUAUGGGAUCCAGAUGCCUGCCUUCAGCAAGAUUGGGGGCAUCCUGGCCAAUGAACUGUCAGUGGAUGAAGCUGCACUACAUGCUGCCGUUAUUGCUAUUAAUGAAGCCAUUGAUCAUAGAAUUCCAGCUGACACGUUUGCAGCUUUGAAAAACCCCAAUGCCAUGCUUGUGAAUCUUGAAGAGCCCUUGGCUUCCACUUACCAGGAUGUACUUUACCAGGCCAAGCAGGAUAAAAUGACAAAUGCUAAAAACAGGACAGAAAACACUGAAAGAGAAAGAGACGUUUAUGAGGAGCUGCUCACUCAAGCUGAAAUUCAAGGCAAUAUAAACAAAGUCAAUACACUUUCUGCAUUAGCAAAUGUAGACCUGGCUUUGGAGCAGGGAGCCGCACUGGCCUUAUUCAAGGUUCUGCAGUCACCAGCUCUGGGCCUUCGAGGACUACAGCAACAGAAUAGUGACUGGUACCUCAAGCAGCUCCAGAGUGAUAGACAGCAGAAGAGAGAGGGUGGUCAGGCUGAUCCCCUGCAGAAGGAGGAGCUUCAGUCUGGAGUGGAUGCCGCAAACAGUGCUGCGCAGCAAUACCAGAGAAGAUUGGCAGCAGUGGCAGCAAUUAAUGCUGCAAUCCAGAAAGGUGUUGCUGAGAAGACUGUUCUGGAACUAAUGAAUCCUGAAGCCCAGCUGCCUCAGGUGUAUCCAUUUGCUGCUGAUCUUUAUCAGAAAGAGCUGGCUACCCUGCAGCAACAGAGUCCUGAACACAGCCUCACCCAUCCCGAGCUCUCUGUUGCAGUUGAGAUGUUGUCGUCGGUGGCCCUUAUCAACAGGGCACUGGAGUCAGGAGACAUGAAUACGGUGUGGAAACAAUUGAGCAGUUCAGUUACUGGCCUUACCAAUAUUGAAGAAGAAAACUCUCAGAGGUAUCUUGAUGAGUUGAUGAAACUGAAAGCUCAGGCACAUGCAGAGAAUAAUGAAUUUAUUACAUGGAAUGACAUCCAAGCUUGUGUGGACCAUGUGAAUCUGGUGGUGCAGGAGGAACAUGAGAGGAUUUUAGCUAUUGGUUUAAUUAAUGAAGCCCUGGAUGAAGGUGAUGCCCAAAAGACUCUGCAGGCCCUGCAGAUUCCUGCAGCUAAACUUGAGGGAGUCCUUGCAGAAGUGGCCCAGCAUUACCAAGACACACUUAUCAGAGCAAAGAGAGAGAAAGCCCAGGAAACCCAGGAUGAGUCAGCUGUGCUGUGGUUGGAUGAAAUUCAAGGUGGAAUCUGGCAGUCCAACAAAGACUCCCAAGAAGCACAGAGGUUUGCCUUAGGAAUCUUUGCCAUUAAUGAGGCAGUAGCCAGUGGCGAUGUUGGCAAAACACUGAGUGCCCUUCGUUCCCCUGACGUCGGCUUAUAUGGAGUCAUCCCUGAAUGUGGUGAAACUUACCAGAGUGACCUUGCUGAAGCCAAGAAGAAAAAACUGGCAGCAGGAGAUAAUAACAGCAAGUGGGUGAAGCACUGGGUGAAAGGUGGCUAUUAUUAUUACCACAAUCUGGAGACCCGGGAAGGAGGAUGGGAUGAACCCCCAGACUUUGUGCAAAAUUCUAUGCAGCUUUCUCGGGAGGAGAUCCAGAGUUCCAUCUCUGGGGUGACUGCUGCGUAUAACCGAGAACAGCUUUGGCUGGCCAACGAAGGCUUGAUCACCAAGCUGCAGGCUUGCUGCCGUGGAUACUUAGUUCGACAGGAAUUCCGAUCCAGGAUGAAUUUCCUGAAGAAACAAAUCCCUGCCAUCACCUGCAUUCAGUCGCAGUGGAGAGGGUACAAGCAGAAGAAGGCGUAUCAAGAUCGUUUAGCUUACCUACGCUCCCAUAAAGACGAAGUUGUAAAGAUCCAGUCCCUGGCAAGGAUGCAUCAAGCUAGAAAGCGCUAUCGAGAUCGCCUGCAGUAUUUCCGAGACCACAUAAAUGACAUUAUCAAAAUCCAGGCUUUUAUUCGGGCAAACAAAGCUCGUGAUGACUACAAGACUCUCAUCAAUGCUGAGGAUCCUCCUAUGGUUGUGGUCCGAAAAUUUGUUCACCUACUCGACCAAAGUGACCAGGAUUUUCAAGAGGAGCUUGAUCUUAUGAAGAUGCGGGAAGAGGUCAUUACCCUUAUUCGUUCUAACCAACAGCUGGAGAAUGACCUCAAUCUCAUGGAUAUCAAAAUUGGACUGCUUGUGAAAAAUAAGAUUACAUUGCAGGAUGUGGUUUCCCACAGUAAAAAACUUACCAAAAAAAAUAAGGAACAGUUGUCUGAUAUGAUGAUGCUAAAUAAACAGAAGGGAGGUCUCAAGGCUUUGAGCAAGGAGAAGCGAGAGAAAUUGGAAGCUUAUCAACACCUGUUUUAUUUAUUGCAGACCAACCCCACCUAUCUGGCAAAGCUGAUUUUUCAGAUGCCCCAGAACAAGUCCACCAAGUUCAUGGACUCUGUAAUCUUCACACUCUACAACUACGCAUCCAACCAGCGCGAGGAGUACCUGCUCCUACGGCUCUUUAAAACAGCGCUCCAGGAGGAAAUCAAGUCAAAAGUAGAUCAGAUUCAAGAGAUUGUGACAGGAAAUCCUACAGUUAUUAAGAUGGUUGUAAGUUUCAACCGUGGCGCCCGGGGCCAGAAUGCGCUGAGACAGAUCUUGGCCCCAGUCGUGAAGGAAAUUAUGGAUGACAAAUCUCUCAACAUCAAAACUGACCCUGUGGAUAUUUACAAAUCUUGGGUUAAUCAGAUGGAGUCUCAGACAGGAGAGGCAAGCAAACUACCCUAUGAUGUGACCCCUGAGCAGGCUCUGGCUCAUGAAGAAGUAAAGACACGGCUAGACAACUCCAUCAGAAACAUGCGGGCCGUGACAGACAAAUUCCUCUCAGCCAUCAUCAGCUCUGUGGACAAAAUCCCUUAUGGAAUGCGCUUCAUUGCCAAAGUGCUGAAGGACUCGUUGCAUGAGAAGUUCCCCGAUGCUGGUGAGGAUGAGCUGCUGAAGAUUAUUGGUAACUUGCUUUACUAUCGAUACAUGAAUCCAGCCAUUGUUGCUCCUGAUGCCUUUGACAUCAUUGACCUGUCGGCAGGAGGCCAGCUUACCACAGACCAACGCCGAAAUCUUGGCUCCAUUGCCAAGAUGCUCCAGCAUGCAGCUUCCAAUAAGAUGUUUCUGGGAGAUAAUGCUCACUUAAGCAUCAUUAAUGAAUAUCUUUCCCAGUCCUACCAGAAAUUCAGACGGUUUUUCCAAGCUGCUUGUGAUGUCCCAGAGCUUCAGGAUAAAUUUAAUGUGGAUGAGUACUCUGAUUUAGUGACCCUCACCAAACCAGUGAUCUACAUUUCCAUUGGUGAAAUCAUCAACACCCACACUCUCCUGUUAGAUCACCAGGAUGCCAUUGCUCCAGAGCACAAUGAUCCAAUCCAUGAGCUGCUUGACGACCUUGGCGAGGUGCCCACCAUCGAGUCCCUGAUAGGAGAAAGCUCUGGCAACUUAAAUGACCCAAACAAGGAAGCGCUGGCUAAGACAGAAGUAUCUCUCACACUGACCAACAAGUUUGAUGUGCCUGGAGAUGAGAAUGCAGAAAUGGACGCACGGACCAUCUUACUGAACACCAAACGUUUAAUUGUGGAUGUCAUCCGAUUCCAGCCAGGAGAGACCUUGACUGAAAUCCUAGAAACACCAGCUACCAGUGAACAGGAAGCAGAACAUCAGAGAGCCAUGCAGAGACGCGCUAUUCGUGAUGCCAAAACUCCCGACAAGAUGAAAAAGUCAAAGUAUGUAAAGGAAGACAACAACCUCACUGUUCAAGAGAAGAAAGAAAAGAUCCAGUCGGGCUUGAAGAAGCUAACGGAGCUUGGGACUGUGGACCCAAAGAACAAAUACCAGGAACUGAUCAACGACAUUGCGAGGGAUAUUCGGAAUCAGCGGAGAUACCGACAGAGGAGAAAGGCUGAACUGGUGAAAUUGCAACAGACAUAUGCUGCUCUGAACUCAAAGGCAAGCUUCUAUGGAGAGCAGGUGGAUUACUAUAAAAGCUAUAUCAAAACCUGCUUGGAUAACUUAGCCAGCAAGGGCAAGGUCUCCAAGAAGCCUAGGGAAAUGAAAGGAAAGAAAAGCAAAAAGAUUUCUCUGAAAUAUACGGCAGCAAGACUACAUGAAAAAGGAGUUCUUCUGGAAAUUGAGGACCUGCAAGUGAAUCAGUUUAAAAACGUUAUCUUUGAAAUCAGUCCAACAGAGGAAGUUGGAGACUUUGAAGUGAAAGCCAAAUUCAUGGGAGUUCAGAUGGAGACAUUUAUGCUACAUUAUCAGGACCUGCUGCAGCUGCAGUAUGAAGGAGUUGCAGUCAUGAAAUUAUUUGAUCGAGCUAAAGUAAACGUCAACCUUCUGAUCUUCCUUCUCAACAAAAAGUUCUAUGGGAAGUAAUUGACCGUUUGCUGCCAGCCCAGAAGGAGAAGGAAAGAAGUGCCUCAUGGCCACCUUUCUAGGUCCUUCUCUACUCAUUGGAAGCGAAAACCCAGCCCAGAACAAUGUCUUGAUUUGAUACGCUCCCACUGCCACAUUCCUAACUCCCCCUGCUUUAAUGGGACAGUUGUUGCCCUUUUUUCAUAGUGAAAUUGUAUUUCAGGCUUAGUCUGACCCUUUUUGUUCCUUCGUUUUCUUCUGUCACUUAGGAAAGAGUGGAAGCUCCACUAAAAUCUCUGUGUUGUUAUGGUAUUAGAGGUUUCAUUACUGUAUUGUAAGCUUUGGUGUUUGUUUUUAUUAGCAAUAGGGAUGGUGGGAUUUGAAUUCUUGUAUUUAGAAGAGGAUGCUAUUAGCACCAAUAACAUACAUACAUUUAAGACACACAGUGAAAAUGUCAGGUUAUUUAUAGUUUAUUAGGUUGUCAUUUAAAAGUAAAAUUCCUUUAUGUUUCUGUCCCGUCAGUAAAAAUGAAGGAUACGGGGGGUCACAGGUUCUCCUCCAUUCUGUUUUCCUUUCUGGGCAGGAGCUAAUAGAAGUCACUGUUCUGUGUUCAAAGGAAGCAUUUCUAGAAAAGGCAAGAUACUGUUUUUAAAUUUCACCAUUAAAUUUGGACAAUUCUGUUAGUGUAACUCUCUUAUCAGUGGAUAGGAGAGUCCCACUGAUAAAAUUCGGCUGUUUAGGUAAGUUCAGAAUGGUUGAGGCACCUGCUUGUUUGUGUUGGUGCUCAGAGAUUGACUAGAUUCAGGAAGACAGUCCACUCUGUCCCUAUAGCAAAGGAAUGGGUUAGCCCUAGCGUAGAAUGUAAUUGUUUUCAAAACUGUUUUAUAUCUUGAGUGCCUUAUUAAAAUGUAGAUUUAUUUCUUAAAAUGUGGAUGAUAGGAAUUUAAAGAUUUAUAUAAUGCUUCAAAAGCCUUUAGAAUACUAUAAGAAAAGGGUUUUUAAAAAAUUGGCUUAUCUGUAUAUCUGAACUCUUAGAACUUUCUUAUAGCUAAAACACUAGGAUUUAUCUACAGGGUUGCAGAGAGAUAAUCCUGCCUUAAAUAGACUGAAACAAAAACAAAUAAAACCAGCCAACCGAUGUUACACCUGAUAUUAAAAUCUAUUUUUCCUCAUUUCUUUCUCUUUUCUCUUGCUGCCCACACGGUGCUUUUAUUUUAUGAGCUCCAGUUUUCUGGGUUUAUUCAAAAACAAUUCAGUUCUCAACAUUGAAUUUAAGAAACUUUUGUUCUUAGAUAAAAAGUCAUAUACUUUUUUAAAAAAUCUGUUUAUCCAGGAAAAUAUAUUGAAAUCAUGCUACUGAGCCUCCACUUUCUCUGAUGUGUUGGUUCACUAUUCUUUUAUCCUAGAACAUAAACUAACAUUUAAAAACUUCCUGAUGUAUAUUUAAAGCCAAUAAACUGUUUCAUUCAUAACAAAUUAUGUGAAGUGUCCCUGUUACAAAUGUAAGUGUCGGAGACGUGUUUUUCAUGAUAGACUAUUUACUCAUCAGGUCCACAGGUGCAGAUGUAAAUUGUCUGAAUCUUUACACACUCCAGGUGGCCCACAGGCAGGUGAACAGAGAGGUGUGAAGUACCAUAGAAGGGGCCUCUACUACCCUGAGGGUUUUUGCUCAACAAUUUUUUAGUAAAUAUUUUCCUCAGAUUAAAAGAAGAUGCUAUUACAACUAGCAUUGCCUCAAAAAUUAGUACCAACCAAAGUGUCAACCCUUUUAUCUUAAAAGAGGAUACCCAUCCCAAGUGCUUGUCGGGCCCCAUGACAGACAAUGAGCAAAGUUUACAACUCCUUUAAUAAAAUAUGUUUCAAUUAUUUUUGAGGAUUAUACUUCCCUUGAUACAACUUCUAAUGCAAAAUAGCACAGAAUGUACUUCAAGAAUUUUGAUAGUAACUAUAUCGAAUUAUGGUUUUAAUAGCAUUGAGAAUGUCUGAACAAACUCAAGUUGUGACAUUGAAACCAUGUAGCUCUUAUUACUUUUAUUUAUUAGCUGUAGCCUUCCCUGUCUCAUCUCUCUCCUUCUUUGACCUUCUCUUCGACCAGCCAUCAUGACAUUUACCAUGAAUUUACUUCCUCCCAAGAAUUUGGACUGCCCAUCAGAUUGUUGCUGCACACAAUCGCCUUUGUAUCUCUGUAUGAAAUAAAAGGUCAUUUGUUCA